AUGGAAGUAUAUUUGUUUGAACGAGAAAAGUACCACUUACUGUACAACUGCACGUUCUACGACUGGAACACGGUACCAUUGGAACGACGACGACAUAGAUUUCUAGGCGCUAGUGUUAUUGCGUUUUAUGUUGCUACUAUGGUAAGUACGGUAGAAAAUAGUGUAGUAUAUCUUGUCUAAAUUAAUAUUUUUCAAAGGCUUAUAAGUAGAAAGGUAUAUAGCAUUAGAUUGUUUGCAUAAUUCCGUGCCCCCUCAAAAAGCAAAUUUACUUUGAAAGAGGUACAGAAUUAUGUGAAGAAUCUAAUAGAAAAGUAUAAUACCAUAAAUAUUGUCAUAGGUUGUUCAAAUAAUUCUGCGCCCCUUCUCAAUCAAAUUCUGUGCCCCUUCUCAAACAAAUUUUCGGGUGACAGGAGCGCAGAAUAAGUUGCUCACCUAAUAUAAUAGUAUAAACAGUCAGUAAGGUCAAUACCUAAAUUUUAGAAACCACUGUAAUCUUUAUUUUCAGGUACUGUACAUUCCCUGCCUGAUGGCCAUGAUGCACUCAGAGAAUCGUAAGAGAGCCAGUUAUCAGUUGAUGUUCCUACUCGGUGUUAUGCAUCUGUUUGGUAUCCAAACAUGCGGUCUCUUUACUGGUAUCCACGCUUACUUCGGCCAUGUCUACUGUGAUUACCCCAAUCUUAUGUACUUCUUCGGCUCACUUGGAGUUUGUAAGUUCAUAAAAAUUUUAAAAUAUUGAAAUUUUUUAAAACUUUUAAAAACCUCUGUUCAGCCAUGUGGGCCUCAAGCACGUUGACCUCAUUUUACCUUGGCAUCAACCGAUGUGCCGAGCUGACCAGUGGCUGGUGGGCGGACGUCCUGUUCGGCGGUUACUGUAAAGUGUUUUGGAUAUCCACCCCCAUCAUGUACUUCUUCUACUUUUUCUUCUUCACACCCAGCGCUUUCUUCAAUGGGGAAAUGAUGUCAUGGUUCUUCAAUCCUCACUACGGUUACUUCGAAGACACUACACACAAGGUAAGGCGUUCGUCAUGUUGAAGCAUUUGGAAUUGUAUACAUGUUGUGAUAAUUAAAUUGCUUCGAAUAUUAAACAAUUUUUUAUAGUAACCAUGCCUUGUUUGAAUGUACUACUAAUGGUAGAAGGUCUAAUUAAUAUGACUAAAUUUAAAAAAGUGUUUUUGUUCUUUAGGUAACAAACAUACAGUAGCAUAUAUAAAACAUACGGUAACAUGUAGAUAACAAAAUGCAUCUACAAAACUUACUGUAGAAUCCAAAAAAUCUAUUUAAAAUUUCACAUUACUAAAACCAACUAUAAUACCGUACUAACAUCAACUAUAAUGGCCUAUUUUCAGUACCAAAGCACAUUGCACUCGAUGAACAACUUGGGUGUUGUGAUAGCUCACUCAGGUGUCUAUGCCUACUUCUUCUUCGUAUAUUUCAAACGCACAAGGAUGACAAAGUCCCUCGGCAACAUACGUGAUAAAUCGGUAAGAGACUGAUAGCUUACAUACAACACUCCUUGUAAAUUAACAUCAAAGUGAAAGUGCAUUACUGUAGGUAUUCACCUAAUUACCAUGUUUCAAGUCAACUAUAAAAUAUGUUUCAUAAGUACAUUUUUAGACUCAUAAAUGACAUAUAUUUCAGACCUACAUUCAAAUCCUCAUUAUUGGCGCCAUUCAUUUCAUCGCCGCCGUUUCGUAUGUUAUCAUACAAUACCUUCCUCCGAACUUCUACUACACAUUGGUAGCGUCAUCUGCCUACCUGGCUUCACAUGGUACGUCAUGUUUGUCAUUUUAAUCAUAGAUGAGUAGUAAAAAAACCUUAUUUUUACCUUUUUUUAUAAAAAACCCUUCGAGACAAGGGCGCAAAUCGGCAAUCCUUGAGAUGCAGCCUGCAGAUUGAAAAAAAUUUUAUUUUUAUUAUCCUUGCUCAUAAAUAUUGUUGUAGGCACGCCGCCGGUGAUUUACAUUUGGUGUAACAAGACGAUUCGUCGCUACAUUUUGAGGAAGUUCUGGUAUCGCGUCAGGCCUCGGGGAGUUAUCACAAUUUCGGAACAGUCGAGAGUGAAAACGACUGGAAAGUCGUCGGAAGCUUUGUCUAAUCUACAUUAA